AUGUUUGUUGCAACACAACCAGCAGCUGAUUCUAUGAAUGAUGAUACCAACAUGUUGGAUGGACAGAUAAUCACACUAGAGUCGAUACUGACUAAACUCGAGGAGAGUCUUGGCGACUAUGAUUACAAAGACUCGACAUUCACAAAGGUCAGGAAGAGAAAGAAUGAAAAGGAGGAGCGUCUGUUUGUCGCGAGGAUCAGUACGUUGAUGCGACACUUGGCAGAGUUUAAGGGAGACCGUACCAUGGUGCAUAUCUUUCACCUUCGCUUCAUUCACACUACUUCACCUGUCAAGAAACUGAGACAGAGCAAGAUCAUAUCACAGCUGACAGAAUAUCUACGUAUAAUGAAUAAACAUUAUCAGACUGGCGAUCAUCAACAACAACAACAACCUCAACCUCAACCACAACAACAACAAAUAAUAUCUCAACAACCUCAACAACAACAACAAAUAAUAUCUCAACAACAACAACAACAACCUCAACAACAACAACAACAACAACAACAACAACAAAUAAUAUCUCAACAACAAUCAUAUAACUAUUACUCUCAAAGUGGUAGUACUAUAGUGAGCCAGAGUGUUACGACAUCGAUUACUAGUAGCAACACGAGUGAUGUGCCAAUGUAUGAUUCCCCACUUCAAUUAGAGCCUUCUUCUACUAAUGGACAACAAUCAUCACCUCCCUCAACAUCGGUAUCUUCAAACAGCUCGUCUUCAUCGUCAUCAUCGACAACUACGACAACAGCCAAUAAUAAUAAUUCAGCACCUCCCCUUCAACUAGGAUCGUCAUCAGCGACUCCAGAAAUGACUACUUCAGUGGCACCACCACCAACAACUAUUUCAGAAAAGGUCAAGUUGUCUACACUACAUUUAAAUCUUUCAUUUUCCAAUCUAUACUCGCUUGGUAACAAGGAUAAAGAUCGCGACAAAGAUGGUGGUGCAGGUCCCAGUCCAGGGACACAGUCUCCAAGCGGUACGGCAUCUAGCGGUACAGCACAGACAUCACCAUUAAAUGCCGACAUUAAGAUUGCACGAGAACUACUUGACUAUCUUCAUACACAUCGUGUCGAUCCCGACAACUCGCUGGUUGGUUGCGAGCUCAAUCAGUCGUAUGUAGACGAGUUGCUCAAGUUUAGAUCACAACAUGCAUACAAUAAGCGGUCACUUGUCAAGAUGAUCAAGAGUUGGGGAUGUCUCAAAGACGACAGUCUCAUUAAAGAGGUGCGUAAAAUGUCGACCAUUCUCAACAACCUAGACUAUAAGCGUGGCGAGCUUGUUAUCAUUGAUAUGACAACUAGCAGCAAGCGUGUAGUCGUAGCAAAAGAGGUGCCAGUCAGCAACACGACCAUGUCAGCCGAUGAUGACACUGGUACCGAGUUUGAUUUUGGUGAUAGUGACUCUACCAAUAGCGGGGGUGGAAGUGCUAUCAUUACAGACACUCCAUCUACUACCUCGAGACAAUUAGAUGAAUCAAUCGAGCUUGUAAACAAUAUGGUCAAAAACAUUGCCCACGAUCGUGAAAAGAAGUUUAGAGCACGUAUUCAUCAGGCAAUCAUCACACUCGACUCGUCCAACUUUAAACUACAAGUCGAAAAGAAAGAGAUUCUCGAGGGUGUCACCAAGAAUCGUCUCUCGCAAUGGUGGCUCUCUAUUAUUCGUGAACACGUAGACUCUUUUCUCAUCAAAAAUAACUAUGAUUUCCAUGCAGUCCCACAAGAAUACAUGGAAAAACCUCCUUCCAAUUUCCACAAUGUAAAAUAUAAUUUAUCUCUUCUUCAUAUUAUAAUGAAUCAAUUACCAACAACUUCAACUUCACCAACUUCUCUACAACAAGAUGAUUCCACCACCAACUCAAAUUUUUCAAAUGAAGAAAUAUUGAAAAAGGAAUUUGAAAAGGUUUUAAAGAGAUUGAUAGAGACGAUCUAUCCUAUUAUUGAAGAGUUUAUAUUCAAGAGUAAAUUGGUUAUUUUGGAUUGUUUGGGUUUAUUUGACGAAACCAUCAAAUCUUUGGAAUCAAAAGGAUUGUUGGAUCUUGUAACUCUAAGACAAUUAUAUUCUCAAAAAUGUUCAACUGAACAUUUCGAAAAGGCAAAACAACAAUUCAUCGAUAGAAUUUUCAAAGAUAUCGACUAUAUCUUGGAAAUGAAAAGAUUGGAAAAUGUUUUAAAUGAAAAAAGAUUAGAUAUCGUCCCAAUUUCUGGUAUUGCAAUUGGUAGAAUUCAUAGAUUUGAAAAUGAAAUGAGAACAGUUAUCGAAAUUUGGAAACAUCUUGAUCCUUCAAAUAUUCCAAUUAAUAAUCAAAAUAAUAGUAAUAAUAAUAGUAAUAGUAAUCCAAACUCUUCACCAUCAAUGGGAGGUGGAUCACCAAAUAAUUCAUUUGUAAAUAAUAAUCAAAAUCAAAAUAAUCAAAAUAAUAAUAAUAGUGGUAAUAAUAAUGCUGCAAUGAGUUCAAGUAGUAGUGGUAUAAUAUCAAGCAAUUUAACUAGUGGUGGUAUUAAUCAAUCAGUGGCAAAAUUAUACUCAAGGUCAAUGUCUGGUGAUCUAAGCACAAAUAUUAUUAAUAGUAAUAAUAAUAAUGGAAACAAUAACACUCAUACACCUCCACAAAAACCUUUACCAUCCUCUCCAACAUCUUCACAAGUUUCCAAAUUAAACAUUAAACAACCACAACAACAACCACAACAACAACCACAACAGCAACAACAACAACAACAGACAUUAGAAAAUAAUUCUGAUGCUACAAAGAAAUGGAAUGAACCAAGCAAACCAAUCAAUAGAUUAUUAAAUCAAAGAAAGGUUUUAGUUGGUUCAGGUGGUUCUUCUAGUAUCCAAUUAUUACAACAAAACCAACCAUCACCAACUCACCAUCUUCCACCUCAACAACAACCCAGAUCCUCAACACCAACCUCUUCAGAGUCACAAACUCAACCACAACAAUAA